AUGUCUCUGAAUCCAUCUGACGCAAGGGGCGUCAACUCGACCGCGGGUGAAGAAACUCAACAAUAUGUAACUUUACUACCGGCUCAGAAUCAAGUCGAUGAGCAGCACCAACAGCACGUUGUCUAUUCGGAGCAGACGCCGCUGCUUCGGUCGGGACUUGGUCAUGAGUCUGCUUCUGCUUCUUCAGCAAUGCAUCACUAUUCAUCUCAGCCCUGGUGGAAGACGGCGCAGCAGGUAGCCUGCGAUGUCUGGCUGCAGGGCAAGGGCAUGAUCCUGGUCAUGUUCUCGCAAUUCUUUGGCGCGUCGAUGAAUGUCAUGACGCAGUUUUUGGAAAUCAAAGGUCGUGAUGGGAAGGGGUUUCAUCCGUUUCAGAUCCUGUUCGCCCGCAUGUCUAUCACGGUUCUCGCUAGUUACCUCUACAUGUGGUAUGCGCGUGUACCGCAUCCGUUCGGAACGCGCGAUACCUUCACUCUGCUGAUGCUGCGCGCCGGAGGUGGAUUCUUUGGCGUCUACGGGCUCUAUUACUCCGUGCAGUACCUGCCGCUCUCCGAGGCGACCGUGGUGACCUUUUUAGCGCCGAUCCUGAGCUGCUAUGCUUGCUCGCUUUUGAUCCCCAACGAGUUCUUCACGCGCAAGCAGCAGCUCGCCGGACUGGUCUCGCUGGCGGGUGUCGUUCUCAUCGCUCGGCCGUUCCCGUUCAUGCGAUCGGGCGGCGACUCCGAGCCGGAGCAGGGCGAUAAGCCCGGUGCCACCGAUAGCUACCACCACGUGCUGGCCAUCGUGGUGGCUCUGUUCGGAGUGCUGGGUGCCUCGUGUGCGUACACCACGAUCCGGAUGAUCGGACAGCGCUGCCACCCGCUCGUCUCGGUGACUUACUUCUCCACAUUCACGACAGUCGUAGCUACGCUGGCGAUGCUGGUCGUGCCAUCGAUUCCGCUGGAGCUGCCGGGCACAGUGCUGGAAUGGACGCUGCUUCUGGGGUUAGGUGUCAGCGGAUUCCUGCUGCAGUUCCUGCUCACAGCAGAGCCGUCCGCGAAGCCAACAUCGUCCGGAUCACGGGCGACUUUCAUGUUGUACACGCAGAUGCUGUUUGCCGUGUUCUAUGACCGGGCGAUCUGGGGUAGUACGUUGUCGGCGGUGAGCUGGAUGGGAUCAGUGCUGAUCCUGGUGAGCGCCAUGUAUGUGGCCAUGGCGCGAGAGGGCGCAAAGGGAACCUCAUCCGAGGAGAAGGAGGGCGGAGAUCAAGAGGGCACGGACGAGAACCGGGCUGGAGUGGCUGCAGAAGAGCGUCUGGAGGAAGGCGGGGGAAGGCAAGUGAGCGGGGGUCGCGCAUGA